AUGGAUUUUGAGUAUUUUGAAAAGCAAGAUGAUGAUGAUGAUGAUAUGAACGUUGAAUUUGAUGAAGAAGAUAUCAAAUACAACAUAGAAGAUUCAAAGAAACCAAUCGAGAAAGAAUUGGAUGAUUCUGAGAUUUCAUAAAUAGAAAUGAAAAUCAAUAAGAUGAAAGAGGAGGAAUAGUAUUUUGAUCACGAUUCAGAUGAAGAUACAAGAUAGAAAUUGACCAAAGCAAAAGAGUGGAAAAGACAUUUUGGAAAUUACACUCCUUUAAUUUUCAUCAAUGAUGAACCUAUAUUUGCAAUUAGUCCAUAAUGGAUAAUCAAUCUAUUUGUUAUAGUUGCAUUGUUGGUGAUUACGUACUUCUAAUUUACAAAGCCAAAACAAAAGACUAUUUAAUAUUGCAUUACAAUAAUUAUCAAUGUCUUAGAACUUCUAGGGUAUAUCAUUGCAGCUGUUAUGAAUCCUGGAAUAAAUACAUCCCUUCAAGAGACUAUCAAUAAACACAAUAAUUGUUAGGUAUUCAGUUAUCUAUUAUUCCAGAUUUGUGAAAUAGUACAUUAUCGAAAAGACACUUACCAUUGUGAGACUUGUAAUGUAUGCAUAAGAGAGUUCCAUCAUCAUAGUAACUUUUUGGGAAGAUGUAUUGGACAAGGCAAUUUAUUCUAUUACUACCUCAGUAUCCUAUUUUUGCCUUUGUUUCUAAUCAAUCUAAUAGUAUUAUAUGUGUUUUGA